ACGGCUUUUAUAAAUUAACGCCCUGUCCUCCUUGAACGCCUCCUUUCUCCUCUCAUUUGCAAUAAAGCCAAAUAACCCAAAAGCGAUCAAAGAAUCCAUUGCGAUUUUGCGACAUCGUGAACCGGGAAUGACGACGAAGAAGAAGCCGCUGUCGUCGUCGCCGUCCACCUCCGCCGUGGCGAAGCUUCUCCUGCGGUGGCGCGGCCGGAGCAAGGCGGCCAAGGACGAGAGCAUCGAGUUCUUCUCCGAGCUACGGAGCAGCCAGCCCGAUCGCCGCGGCGCCGCCUCCGAUCACGCCGGGGGAGGAGGAGCUCCGGAUGGGAGGGGAAAGGCAAAGAGCUCCGCCCCCGCUGCCGCCGGUGGAGACGCCGGCGGCGGCGGCAAGCUCUUGUCGACGGGAACCGAGAAGCAUGACUACGAUUGGCUUCUGACACCUCCGGCGUCGCCACUCUGGUCGCCGGCGACGAGCGCCGCCGCAGGCCACCAUGUCUCCGCCGCGCCGCCGCCGAGCCGGCUGGAAAGAGCUAGCUCGGCGCCAUACGCGAAAGGGAAUUCACGGCUGCCAUUGACACGGCGGGAGAACGGGCCCCCGGCGUCGAGGCUGUCGAGGAGCAGCUCCGCGACGUCGCAACUCUCCACCGUCGCCCACGCGCCGGGCACCGUGUUCUCCGGCCGCCGGACAUUGUCGUCGGCGUCGGUGUCGUCGAUCAACACGGCGAGCAGCACGUCCGUGGGCUCGACGCCGCGGGGGUCGUCGGCGUCGACGAGCCCACGCACGCCGGCCACCGCAAGGGGCGCGCCGGCCGGGGCGGCUUGGCCCCGUCACAGGGACAGAACACAAGCACUGCACGUGUUCGGCGCCGCCGCCGCCGCCGGCCAACCCAGCGCGUCGUCGCUGGUGUCCAGGUCGAGACCCUCGCUGACGGCGCCGUCGAGCGGAGCGCUCCAGCGCGCGACGCCCGGCGCCGCCGGCACGUCGAGCCCGAGGUCAACCGCCCCGGCGUGUCAGCAACCUGCAGCGACCAGACGUGGCGCCAACUCCGUGGCACGUUCGGGGUCAACGCCACGGGCCGCGUCGCCCUCGCCGCGAGCGCGUGACGUCAGCAUUGCGGCGGGCGCGUCCCGUGUCGCGCCGCCGCCCAUGUCCAGCAGCAAGCCGAGGCAGGCGCCGGCGUCGGGGAAGCAAAGCAACGGCAACGGCAUGGCGGCGGCGAGCACGGCAGCCCAGAGGUGGCGCUCGGCCGGGAGGAACGCACGGAGGGAGGAGGCGGUCACCCAUGAAUCAUCAAGAAACAGCGACAGUCGCCGGAAGAUCGACGUAGCGAACACCAGCGCCGCCGCUCGCCGCACUGCUGACCUCUCUAGCCCGCGCGGCGCGAGCGGCGGUUCUCCGACGAGCGGCGGCGGCGGUCGGAACAAGUCGACAGACACCGACGCGAAGCGCAGCCUAUGGCAGGGAGCAGCGGCACGGCACCUGAUGGCGGCGGCGCGCCGGGACGCAACCCCCACCACCCGCCGGAGCGGUGGCCUCUCGUCGGUGGCGUCAAGAAGCCGCCUGGGGAUCACGCCCGCCGCCUCCUCCGGUGACAUCUCGGCCACGCCCACUGGACGACGGUCCACGCCGGCGAAAGGCAGGCCCGCCGCCGACGCGGCCGCGGCCGCAUCCUCCCCGCGGGUGGCCGCGGGGGACGCGUUCCCGAGCUCGCGGUACGACGCCAUGCUGCUCCGGGAGGACCCCAGGAACCUGACAUGGCUGCACGGAUGCGACGACGGCGAGGAGAUCGACGGUGGAGAUCUGGUCGAGGCCUCGCUGGAGUCGUUCGACGUGCCGGCCGGGUUGAGCAGCACGGGGCUGCACGGCGGCAAGACUUUGAAUUUUGGCGCCAAUUUGUAAAGGCAGCCACGUGAUUUAGGAGGACACUACGUAUUUCCGUAUGUAUGUACUGCAAACUAUUUGUACAUGGACUUCUUUUUCUCCCAUUUGAGGAGCACGAAUUA